AUGGUGGGGGCGGAAUUGACGCCACAGGUAGGUUGACUAGUUAUUGCCUCCGUUAUUGUGCAUCGCAGUAAAUAACUUUACGAGCGUCCUGCUAUGUUAAGCCGCCACUUGCCAGAUUUUGUAAAGCUCCUUCUAACUGCUCUAAAUCCCUUUGGAGGUGCGAUUGUUGAAACGAGAAUUUUAUUCGCCUGACUUUUCGGAUCCGCACUCGAAUCCGUUAUUAGAGACAGUCACAGAUGGAUGCAGUAGCCAAACAAGCACAUACUUAUUGUGAUUAACAGUUCCCGCAAUCAUUGCCGCUGCGCGUAAUUGGUGAAAUGAUAGGUUCAGGGGAGAAUCCGAGUCAUCAGGCGAAUAAAAUUCUUAACAGCUUUUUCAAAUACAUCUGUAACUGUGGAGCUAUCUCUGCUUAUGUGCAAAAUCGUAGGUAGAGUGUAGAGAUGAGCUUGAUACAAGGCUGCAUGAAAUGAACUCCUGAAGCCUUUCUGGAUUGCAUUCGAGGGCAUCGUUCGCAAGUUUUUUGUCCGGGAAAACUUGGGCUGGAAAAGGAAUUAUGUAAUCGAUCAAAAACAAAGCAAUUCUGCAUUCUUGGACCAAAACUUGCCUACGCACAAACAACUAAGCAAAACUGUACACCAUGACAUCAAAUUUACUGCAUAAAAGACCGAGUAAUUAACGCGUGCACUGAAAUUCCCGAUCUAACAUGAUAGAGACUAGGCAUUUCUUCGGUGUGUUAGGGCUUCAAAACUGCCUUUUGUACUGAAUAAUGCAAUACAAUGAGACUAGUUCUCCCUUAAAUGAACUAAAAUAAACCAUACUGUGUCGCUAAAUAAGUAUGGUAGACCGUCCUUUGGAAUUAGACAAGUCGUAAGUUUCGAAAUGCCAGUGAAGGCCGAUUGUGAGUUUGAAGGUUGGAUUCUAGAACUAGUUAGUUAUCAAGUAGAAACAUCAUGACACCGAAGAAGACAUAAUUCGCUGCGACAAGUUAUAUACGAAUGACAAAGAAUUGCGAAAUCUUCUCAGAUUGGUGAUGAGAAAGUAUUGGUGAAUGCCCUUCCAUAGCAUCCUUUGUCCUCUACCCUAAUAAUCAAUAGGAGCGCGCUCUGACGCAGCCGAUCAUAUCACGGGCGAUCAGCCGGUAUCUCAUGAUCGAAGAAUGCGCCAAUUGCAUGGCCCUGAUUCAAAACUGGGACGGCCGGAGCUGCAGUCGCUAUAGAAUGACCGAGAAGUUUCGCAAACCCAGCAAGGAACUCGUGAAACUGCUCACCACAGAAGACAAGAAACUGCAUCUCAGUCUGGGUGAUCCCUGUGGACCGACCUACGUAGGCGGUGCCUGUCUCAUGCUCUACAAACUUAUGUCUGAGACCGGACCCUGUAAUCUCGUGACGCUGGACCUGCGCAACCAGCGUAUCAGCAUCUUUGACCACCUGCGCAUCUACAGACCACGACCUACUACCGACGAUGAGACCAUGUUGCCCUACCUAGAGAAGAUUGUGGUCAAUGUGAAGAUGGAUAUGGAGGGCACGAUGGAACAUUACCCACCCCUGGCGGAGCCCAAGAAGGUGCGAAGUAUGAAGGUCAUCCUGAGCGGACUUUUUAAGCACGAACAGACAGACCGUUUCCUCGAGACCUGGGAUUUCACACGUAAAUUCACCCUUGCUGGGGAGGCCCCGCUGGACAGUGAUGAGGAGUUCUUCAACCACUACGAAGACUUCUCCAUGCCCACAGUCAGGACCCUGAGCCUGCCGGUCAACUCGCCGAUCCUCAAACGCAACUCCUUACGUUUUGUCUAUCCCAAAAUAGAGAAGGUCAUCUUGACGAAUAUUCGAGAUGCCACGGUGCCCAUCGACCUGACGGAGGUUAUGAGCCGCUUUCCCGACGCUGAGGUGGUCUUCUCCGGCAAGCGAAAGACGCCUCUGUCUGGGAACCUGGAGCCUUGCGAAAAGUGUGGCGCUGGUGUGACAGAACGUGUCCAGUGGAAUGUGGGCUUGACGGCGCAGACGGCCUACAGUGACCAGUCCGUGUUCCUACUCUCCUGCUCUACCAUGGCCAUCGCUGAUCAGCGAAUCGACCCACUGGACGUGAGCCUAGUCUACUUGCAGGGACGGCCUGCAGUUCUGAACAGGGAGAACAGCUCGGGCGAGACAAGCACCGCCGAAAAACUAAUCAGGACUCGACAUGCUGAGAUCCGACAUCUCAUCUUCGAGGCCUGUAAAGAGGGCGCCUAUGAGCAUGAGGAUGAACUACUCAACGAGCUGGCUACAUUCUGCAAGGAUAAAUUUCUCAAGCUCUUGACUCUGUGCAAGGCCAGUCUGACCAGACUAGAGGUCUCGGCCGAAUUCUGCUUCGGUUGCAGUCUCGAUUCAACUGUAGACAGCCAGAUCAGGUCUCUGAAAGGCGCCUUUACGAAGGUCACCGAGCUGAGCAUUGAGCCGGAUCGCCACAUGGAUUUCGAGCGCUUCAAAACGCAGGCGGUCUCUUCGAAGAAGCUGGGAUCAUUCCUCCGUAUGUUCCCCCAUCUCACCACCCUGAGAUUCUGCGCUGGGAAGUGGGUGCGCUGGUCGAACCUUGACGUUCUUCUCGCCGCCUGUCCCCGCCUGGAGAAGCUCUACGUCGGGACCAGCACCGUGGACAUGGAGACGGCUCUGCAGACUGCAACGGCACACCCUGUGCGGACCCUAGUGUUCGACUUCCCCGAGGCUGAGGUGCCCUGCGACUUUAGUGGGCUGCGAAAGUGCCAGGAGACAGAAUACCUUCUCCUCCGCACCAGCUGGAGGGAUGAACUGGAUGACGAGAUUCUUCAGAACUGCUUCAGAGUUAUGCCCCGCCUUCGAUGGCUCAUAGUCGUCAUGAAUCAUGUGGACUUCAGUCUGGUGGGGUACUGUGAUGAACCAGGAAGCGGCAAGGUCGAGUUAAAAUCGCACAGUUAUGCCGAUCCAGAGCUGUUGGCUGCGGCCUAUCCACAACUACACUCAAUUUUCUGGACAGACAUACUCAUGAAAUAA